AUGGACCCUAUCACCAAAAUCGUCGACAUGCAACAUGAACCAUUCAAGCAAACAACCUCCAUCCCCUCCAGUCCCACAUUCAUCCCAGAUUCACAAAGCUCCACUCCCAUCUGCUCUCAAUCUGACCGCGUCGAAUACGUCUUGAUGCCUCCCCAAUCGCCCAUUCUUCCGGCCAAUCCCACCACGCCAGCGCAACAUGAUCCCGAAGCUUUGAUCCUCACCACCCCUCCCUCUCGCAUGAUGGCCAACCCGGCUCCCCUGGGUCUGUCUGCCUUUGCCCUCACGGCAUUUCUGUCCAGUAUGAUGAAUCUCCGUCUGGGCGUGUCGAUUGCGGCGGAGAAUGUCGCGUCGGGGUUGAUCUAUGCGGGUGCGGUGCAACUGAUUGCGGGUAUUUGGGAAAUGUUCCUUGGAAACACCUUUGGUGCCACCUCCUUUACAUCGUACGGCGCCUACUGGAUCUCCUGGGGUCUACUCUCGACUCUGGAAAAGAAUCAAGUUGUACCCGCGUACGACGCCUCUGCCGUCUGCCAGAAGGAAACGGUCACGGGCAUAUUUCUUCUGUCCUGGUUCACAUUCACAACCCUCCUCCUCCUCUGCACUCUCCGCACCAAUCUCGCCACCAUCCUCAUCUUCUUCUUCCUCGACCUCAACUACCUCUUCCUCGGCAUCGCCCAUCUCCAAUGUUCCGGCCAGGGCCAGUUACCCACGACCAUGCUCAAAGUGGGUGGAUCGUUUGGACUCUUGGCUGCGUGUGCGGCGUGGUAUAGUGCGUUUGCGGCGCUGUUUGAUGCGCAGAGGGGGUUUGCUCGGGUGCCGGUUGGGAAGUGGGUGGGGGGUCUUUUUUAG